AUGACAAUGGAGGAAAGAAGCAGCCGCAGCGGAAGCAGAGACAGACUGGGACUGAGCUUCACAAUUGACUACCUGCUCUUUAAUAAAGGAGCCAAAGCUUCUAAAGACGAUGCAACAGCAAGUCGUGCUGCAGAGCAGAUAACGAACGGCAUGCCAGAUCGUCAGAAUCCUAAACUCGAAGAGGUGGGGAUUCGCUGUGAGAUCCAAGAGAAGGGUCUACAGAGGUCAGAGGUAGAUGAUGAAAAAAGGAAAGCCAAAGAAGAUGAGGGGGAUGAAGACCAAAAAGAGGAGGGGGAGGAGGAAGUGACCACCACCACUACCACCAAGUCUGCGAGCUGCGGUACAGAGAAGUCUACGGACAAACCCAACCAGUCAUACAUUGCACUCAUCUCCAAAGCGAUCCUGGCGUCUGAGCAGAAGAAACUGCUUCUGUGUGACAUCUACCAGUGGAUCAUGGACCAUUACCCAUACUUCAAGAGUAAGGACAAAAACUGGAGGAACAGCGUGCGUCACAAUUUGUCCCUAAACGACUGUUUCAUCAAAGCGGGCCGGAGCGACAACGGUAAAGGCCACUUCUGGGCGAUCCACCCAUCGAACUAUCAGGACUUUUCCAAUGGAGACUACCACUGCCGAAGGGCAAGACGGAGGGUACGCAGGGUGCCAGGACAGCUCCCGCUUUCCUCCCUGAGCUCGCCCUACCACCCCGCCAUAGUCCGUCCCCACAGAACGACCUGCUGGUGCUGUCCUCAGGCCUCUGCACUUCCUCUGCAAUGCUUGGCACCCAGACUCUACUGGCCUUGGUCCAGCAUGCAGCCACAAGUGGGGCUCUACCUGGGCCUAAAUGCCUCUGUACCCUGAGAUUGAAUUUUUUGUACUGUUGAGGUAUACUAUACUAACAGUUUGGCCCUGAAACACUAUUACUUAAAAGAGAAACUUUUUAAUCUAAUGAUUAUAUCAUUAGGUGAUGUUAAAUCUGAAAUGCACUCUGUCAAUAUUACAUUAUCUUUAUAUGCUUCUUAAUGAGUAAGA